AUGGACUCAUCCAAGCGCGUGGUGGACGCCAAGGCGCCGUCGGCGGAGCUCAAGCGUCUGGCCAAGUUCUUCGCGUCCGACCGGCCGCCACGCAAGCGUCUGCGUACGCUGCUAGAUUUCCUGAAGCAUCAGACAGGAGCGGACGGCGCGUCAGGAGGCAAUAUUGCUGUAGCAGUCCAGUCGCUUCUCUCGGGGACUUCCAAGGACACUACGGGCGGUGGGAGCGGACCAGAACAUGCCGCAGCCAUCGCCGACUUCUGGGCCGAUGGCAACAACUCGACACUUGUCUUCGGCGUCGUCAGCGACUGCGUUACGGAGCUCGAGUCGCUGUACGCACCUCAUGAGACAGCAUUCCGGAAGCAACGCCGCAAGCCGCUGGAGGCGGAGGACUGGAGCGAGGUAUUUGAAGGUCUGGAAGUGCUGCUACGCAAUAAUUCCGCCAGAUUGAGAGAAGGAUGGAACAAUAAUGGACUCACGAUGCUGUUCGCCAAGCUGCUGAAGAGAGACAACCACGCUAUGAUCAAGAAGUACGCGUUCCGGUGCCUAGCGCUGUAUACAGACGCCACAAGAAGCAUCCAACAGCUGGCAGCCAUGCCCUCGACCAGCACGUCGAGCUUCCGGGCCUCCAGAGCAGGCAGCAUUCGUCUAAUGAGCGACGGAGUUGAGAUUGAUAUCGAUGAAGACGAAGACGACAGAGGCACAGCCAUGCUGUCACACACGAUGCCAACCAGGAAGAACAUGCAUCUGGAAUUACUGAGGGAAAGUGUGGACUUUUCCCCGUAUGGAGGAGGCAGCAUCAUGCUGCCGGAUAAAUUCUUGAACGAGGGUGUGCACGUGGAAGGAUGGAUGAGACCCAUGCCCACACAAGCAGAGGAACCGGUGGAUAUGCUGAAGUUCUUGAUGGAUUUGAGCUUGGAGAGAGAAGACGUGCAUGGCAAGCUGUCAGCCACGGGGAAACCGAGCGGGAGCAGUGACAGAUUCAUCUUUUGGGCGGAGUUGAUCAUGAAGUUUUACAUGCCGCUGCUGUACCCGAAGGUGUGUCUGAAAGUUAAGCUGAAAGAGGAAGGAGACACGCUGGGAUUCUUCCACCAUUGCCCUGGCAGCUUUCAGCGUGUGGUUGCACGUUGGAUAUACAAGUUACGGUCAAAGGAGGACUAUAUGGAGGUGCUCUGGUCGCGUCGUGAGUUCUCCGAGGUGAUUAUGGAAACAAUUCGUCAGAGAUUUGCGUAUCGCGACACGGAGCUGGUAGUGGAUGCCAUCAAGUUCUACUCAGGUAUCUGCACUGGCGCGCAGUAUGUUCCGUCCGGGAUGAAGACUCAAAUGAAUGAAUGCUCGCGUGCCAUGAUCUCGCACGUCUCGCAACUAUUUCACCCUUCUGUACAGCUGGAUGAUUCCAAGAUCUUGCUGCAUUGUAUCGAAUUACUGGAACUCGUUUCCCAACGACGAUUAGAUGACUACACGUCGACAUAUCUGCGGAAGUUUGUGCUGUCUACGAUCGACAACUGUAUUAUGUUGCGCGACCCUGUGAACCGUCCAGUGCUCACGGCAAUGCUAUCGAUUGUGCUGCACGUCUGGAUGCACUCUGCAGUAGUCACAAAGUCCACAGACGCUAAAGUCUUGGGUGUCGAGGUGAUUAACUGUUGGAAACGCGAACUUCGCUUUGCGAGCUGCCUACUCAUGUAUGUCAUGGACAAGGGGUACUCGUAUCUGAAAGUCACACCGGAAGGUGCCAAGUUGUUGCCCCAGGACGGAAAGGAGGAGAAGGCAAGUGGGAAAACUUUGCGGGAGCUGAAACAGGGAUAUCUCCAGUCGUCAGCCAACUUUCUCAUGAUGACGGUGGUCGACGUAUCGGACGCAACUAUGCUGCUGGAUCGUGUAUUGCACCUUAUCCCCCCACCGACAGUGUCGGCUUUGACGCCGUCGAUGCAUUUAAGUUUGACAGAAGGAAUGUUGCAGCUUGUGGAACUUUGGAUUGAGUCAGCAAUUGGAGCUCAGCGUAGUCACCCAUCGGAGCUGCAGCAAAUCAGUCCGUCAACGGUGCUAGCUUUAUUCGGCGAGUGGUUCCUGCCUGCGUGCGAGCUGGAAGCGUCGGAAUUCCAGAAUUCUCGUUGCAUCGCGAUCGUGGCACUCUGCAAACUUUGCUCGGUGCGCUGCAUCAACGCGCUCACCCGCAGUCAUCUUACUGUUGUCGCCCGUGUCUUAUUCAAAGGUAUUACGUCUCCUUCGGGAGUGGUAGUCUCGACCGUACUGCAGAAAUCCUCGGUUUUGUUCUCGAUGAACCUCGAGGGUCUGAACAUUCUCGUGCCUGCUUAUUUGUACGCGGUUGAUGAAAUCAUUAUUGGGAACAUCUGGAGUCGAGCUGAAAAGUCCAAAGUGAAGUCGUCUGAGUGGAACAAUGAACUGAAUGCGGCAUUGGACGUUGUAUUUGCUAUUCUAGAACUGCCCAAGCGGUUCCCAGACCAGGAUUUUGUGCGAUGGAAACAGAAGAUCAUGGGUGUGUGCGGCAUUGACGAACUCCCGUUGAUGCAGGAUAUCAUUGGCGAGAUUCCAGAGACAUUAGACGAUUUCCACGUGAUUGUUGGGCGCAUUCUUGUGCGUAUCGCCCAGCUUCCGUUUACCGAUGUGGUUAACAUUAAAAAGCGGGCGCUGUGGGGACUCUAUUGCCUUGUCGUUAUGAACUUGAAGUCGGACAACACCGGAGAACACGUAAUCGACCCCAUUCAUUUGUCCGAAUGGGUCGUCCAUCUCGUGGACGUGUGUCAGAACAUGGACUUUUCCAUUUCCAUGGCUGCGCUCACAAUUCUACAGGAUAUGUCGGACUACCAUGAGGAGAUUAAUGCGUUUGAGCCGUCACUUGUGGCCCGGAUAGUCAUGACGCUUGCUGUGUUCGCGCAGCAGCAGGUGGAAGAGGCCUCCAUUGAAGUGCAGGCAGCGAUGGAACGCAUGGGUGCAGCAGACACGUCGAGUGAAGGCAACGGAUCCGGCACCAAGUCGGCUUCGUUUACUGGCUCUAGUCUCACUAGUGGGACCAGUCUUUCGAGCUCAGCAGUGCGCCGCGGGAGCGAUAACCCCAGGGCGAGCCGCGUGGAGAGUAAUUCCGACAAUACGGACGCGUUUAGCAAGCUGAAAAGCAAACUGAAGCCUGGAGCUCAAAACGCUCCUGUGUCUGCUCCGUCAGCAUCAACGAAUAGUCCAGUGAAUCCCCCAUCCAAUUCCACAGCUGCCCAACGAGAACAAGAUAUCCCAGCGCUGCGUUUGAUCGUCCAGAAGACGAGUGCGAUAUUCGAGUGUCUGCGCUUUUGGAUCAUGCACCGGACCGAGGUGCUUCAAGAUGUGGACGUGAAGAAGCUCAUUUUCAGUGCCAUCGAAGCGGCGUUGGUAGGUACACUGCCUGAUGGGGAGUGGCAGCGUGAAGUUGAACGUGCGCGUACUCUUGAAAGACGCAUGUCAAUGCCGCUGCUGUUCUUGGGUUUGCAGAUGCGCGCGUCACUGGACAAUGAACCGGGUCACGUAUGGCUGAAAUGCUUCGAGGAGACUGCAGUGGCUGCCGAGGGAUUGUUGAUGCACUUGCUUCACCAUAUUAACGGGUUUCCGUCACCUGCAGGAGUCGAUCAGAUGAUAUCAGAUUGCUCCGAGUUGAAUGAGCUGGAUGCUGCACGCGAUAGAGGUGACAAGGACUCGCCGCCUGCGGCUCUGAGUUUUGUAUUCAUGGAUUCGAUCGUGUUCAGUGUCGUGGGCAGUCUCGAUUCGCCGUGUGCGCGGUUUAUUGUUCGAGACAUGACUGGUCUUUUCACAUGGGAGAUCACACCAGCCGUUAUGACUCGCGGUGGCCACUCGCUGGUAGGAGCAGGCUCCAGGUCACCCGGUAAUGUCAACGGGGAUAGUGCCUCCGUGGAAAGAGAGCUGACGCUGCAGACCGAUACACUCACUUCCGAGUCAUUAACACUGCACCGACCAACGGGUGCAGUACAAGUGGAGUUUAAACAGACGGACGAAGCUGGGGGUACUUGCAAAACCUGUGACGGAGAGAAACCUCGGACGAAGUCUGCCUCGUCUGACGCGAAGAAUGGACGUAGCUCUGGUACCAAGCUCGAGGCUCGCCAGGUCUCUUGGGAACACGAGCAGAACAUCCUUUCUAAUAACGUGUGUCCUAUAAAGAGCAGCUAUGUUUUCCAUGAAGAUGGAAGUGCUUCCUCUGGCAGCAAAGAGAACGGAGAUGCAAAGAAAAAGGAGAAAGCACGAUCGUCGGAGAUUGACAAAAUGCCGGGAAGUGGGAACAAAGAUGACCGUCAGGAGCGACUUGAGCGCAUCGCGAAGCAGCACGAAGAGCGCAAUAACACCGGAGCGGCAGCACAACCUACGCCAGAACCCUCAAAGGAGGUCUGCCACUGUCCACCGCAAACUGAGUCCAAGUUCAAGCGUCGCACGACAACUACGAUCUGUGGUCUCUUCGACAUGUCGAUCAACGAGCCGAAUGUGGGCAGCUUGGAUGACGAGCGCUGCCUUCUGGAUCUGGUGCUGGACAGCAUUCCGAUGGUGUUCCGUGAUUGCGGUGGCGAUACGACUGACAAGACGCUCUUGGGUGGGCGUUAUUCGAUGAUGCGCUACAACCUGAUGGACUUGACGCCUUCGACAAAUCCUCUUCUGAUGGACUCAGCCGAAGCGCCUGGGUUUUCGUUUUUGCAACGCCUCAUUCACGAUGAAGAGUGCUACGCACAGCUGAAGAGUUUUCUGACCAGAGAUGAAAAUCCCGAAGGCAAGGAGCUGGUGGACUUUUGUGACGCCGUGAAGAAGUACGAGCGCUCAUCAGCCCCAACGGACCGUCUCGGUCAGGCCAGUGUCAUCUAUUGGGAGUUCCUGACACCAGAAGGAGGAAAGAAGCUCAUCUUCCCUCCUGCUGUCGUGUCUGAUGUCCAGACUCAAAUUCACAGGGCACAAAGUGCUCUGCGAGACGCUAGAGCUGCAACCGGAGAGGACUCGUCCGAGCUGUCAUUCUCUCUCCCAGGCUCGCUAUUCCAGCACGCUAUGACGUUUGUAGAGUACGAAGGGUUCGAGAAGUCAGGACUAUUGGACAAGUAUGUGGCCGCGUUGGAUCAACCACCUGCAGCUUCAACGACAGGAAGCAAAAGCAGCUCCAGUACACCGUCGAUCCCACCCCAGCUGGCACUUUUCGACUCGUUCUCGAUCAUGGAAGUCAAUGCGCGCGUAUCACAUUUGGCUCUACACAAGCGGAGCUUAGAUGAACAGCUCGUGCGCAUGACGAAACCAGGCGUGGCAGGAGGAACCCGUUCGACUGAAGUGUCCAAUGGCAGUCUAAAGGAUAGCCGUGUGAGCGCAUUAGAUAUCUGCCGACUGUUCUUGUCCCAGGCUGGAUUGUUACCAUCUCCUGAUGGCGAUUCCAACAAGAAGUCAACGCUGAAGUUGCUUGAGCAUGGAUCGAAGUUGGAGCGAUCCCUGAAGCACUUGGACAAGAGUCCGACGCGAGAAACCAUGAAGAUUGGAGUGAUUUACGUGGGCAAGAAGCAACACUCACAGCAAGAGAUACUUCAUAACGAGAAGGGUGGCCGAGCUUACGAAUUGUUCCUGGCACAGCUGGGCUGGAAGGUGAACAUGCAGACUCACCGUGGUUUUGUCGGUGGCUUAGACACAAACCCGAAGAGUCUGUCCAAUGGCGAAUCGACGCUGUAUUACGCGAGCUCUCACAGCGAAGUGAUCUACCACGUGGUUACCAUGAUGCCCACCAAACCUUCAGACCCUCAGCAGAUUGAUAAGAAGCGGCAUGUGGGUAACGACUACGUGCAUAUCGUCUGGAGCGACAACGCGACCCAGAACUACGACCCAUCGACUAUCACAAGUCACUUCAACGACGUACAGAUCGUGAUUUAUCCUUUACGAAAGGCUCAGCGUGGCCUGUUCCUGAUCAAGAUCCAUACCAAGGAAAAGGUUCCCCCCUUCGGACCGCUGCAGUCAGGCAUGGUGGUUCACCAGGUCGACCUUGCACGGCUUGUGCGCCAGACGGCUAUGAACGCGAACCGAGUGUGUCGCUCUCAGACGAUGUUGUAUGUCCGGCCGUACCCGACACGGAAGAAACUCGUAGACGAAAUUGUUGAGCGAUAUGCUGUUGAGUACAAAGAGAGCCAGCUACUAACGAUGCUGUUCGGCAACUCUGCAUCGACCCCUGCAGCAGCGACAUCGUCGGGUGGAGCUGAAUAA